ACAACACGAACACCGACAGUGUCUGUAUGAAAAACAUUUUAUCAAAGCAGAAGUUGGAUGAACGUUCGAUUCACAAAUGCCGACUUAAAUAGAACCGAGAGGCCGCUCGAUUGCUCUAAUCUCGACGUGCGGAAUGCGAAUUCCAAUGAAGAACGGAACGUUGGUAAAAUCAAUGAGGAAAAGUUAUUUCAUAAAACUACCUAUCGUGUGACGAAUAUCUGAGCAGUGUAUUAAAAUACGUCGGCGCAAUGUCUGACUAUUCGUCGUCCGAAGAUGAGAUCACAAAGCGAAUACUCAAAGACUCGAUCGACACUGAUCUACUAACCAACGACCUAUACAGCAAUAGCCCUAGCGAGAAGUCGUCUAACAAAAUUAAAAGUAUCAAUGCUGUACAAGUUAAGCCAUCUCUUAGGUAUAUUAUCGAAGACGAUGGACAUAAUCAUAAUUUUAUCAAGGUGACUCCAGAAUUUCAAGAAUUUGUUGCUAAAAGCUUAUUCAAACAUUUAGAAAGCCAAAUCAUUGAAAAAAAAAAAAAACAUAAAAAACUCAAAAUAGACAAUACUGAUGAAUCAAAAGGAAUUCAUUUAUUCAAUGGAUCACCUAAAUUACUCUUUUCUCCAUUAGACGAAACAACAACUGAAAUAAAGAGAAAACGUCAUCUUAAAAAUACCAGUGAUGAAGUCAUAUUACAGCGUGCUUCUGAAACAGCUGUGUCAUCUGAAUGGAUAUUAAACAGAAAUGCUGUUCAAGGUUGGGCAAAAGUUACCAAAGGAAAAGUCAUGAAAGUUAAAAGUAACCAUGAAGGUACAUUUGAUAUAAUCAAUGAUGAAGUAUAGAGGUGCAUAUCAUAGCUCCUAGAAAAAUAUAUGAUAGAAAUAUGAAGACUUUUUUUACAAGACAUUGGUAUAUUAUUGUUAAAUAUUGUACUACCUACUAAUAUAAUGUCACAAACUUGUCCUUAGAAGAUCCUUUAUAUUAUGAUUAAAUGUGAUCUAUUCUGUUAUAGUUGUAUGAGUUGUAACUAUACAACAAUAAAUGGUAAAUAUAUGGCUCAUUACAUGUGUAAGUCAAAUAUUUUGAAUGUUAACAAAUUUAAUAUUUUUAUUUAUUACAUAAUGUUUUAAAACUGAUUUUAAAAAUUGUCAAUUUAUUUUUCAAUUAUUCUGUACCUUAUAAACUAUAAUAAUAAGUACAAAAACUAUAUUAGUUUUAUUAUUUUAAAAUAGUACUAUAAAACUGUCAAAAUGUUAUAUUUAUUUAACAAAUCUGAAUUCUGAGCUAUUAUUUUCAUAUACGUUUAGUUAUAAUAGAAUAUUUUGAUGAACUAUUUAAUUCUUAAAACAUAUGUUUGACAACCAACAUUUAUCUAUUCAUAUAUUUAGCCAAUACUAUGUUUGAAUGUUAUUUUCAAUGUUAUUCCUACCAAAUUUUGAAUAAAUAUUUAAUGGCUUUCAAUAAAUCAAAUCAAUGUGGCUUGAAGCAAAUAUGUGUUAUACUGUUAUGUGAUAUCCAUGUACACAUGACUUUAGUAAGCUGGUAAAAAUUGUAAAUUUGUAAGCAGAAGUUUAGAACUUCAAUAUGUGUUCUUAAUAUAAGUAUUAAUAACAUAUGCAUGUCACAUGUCUUGUUAUCAUUUAUUGUUUAUACACACCAGAUUAAGGGAUAUACUGGUCGUAUGUGAUAAUUCUUCACACUUGUCAAUUUACAUUUUUGUGAACCAAUUAUAUGUUUGAUAUAUUAUAUCA